GCAGCUGGUAUUCCAUCGUCGAGCUCUGCCCCGAGCCGCUCAGACGAGCCUUCCGCGCGCUCCUGUCCGCCUCUGUCCCCGCCACAGACCGCCGUCUCUGUCUCUGUCUCUAUCUCCGUCCCCGUCCGGAUAACCAGGCGCACUUCUCCUUCUGCUGCAAGCCCAGCACCUGAGCAAACAUGGAGGCCAUCAAGAAGAAGAUGCAGAUGCUGAAGCUGGAUAAGGAGAACGCGAUAGACCGGGCAGAGCAGGCUGAGGGGGACAAGAAGGGAGCAGAGGACAAAUGCAAACAGCUGGAGGAGGAGCUGCUGGGUCUGCAGAAGAAGCUGAAAGGAGUGGAGGAUGAGCUGGACAAAUACUCGGAGUCGCUGAAGGAUGCCCAGGAGAAGCUGGAGCAAGCAGAGAAAAAAGCAACAGAUGCUGAGGCAGAGGUGGCGUCUCUAAACAGGCGCAUCCAGCUGGUGGAGGAGGAGUUGGACCGAGCUCAGGAGAGGCUGGCUACAGCUCUGCAGAAGCUGGAGGAGGCUGAGAAAGCUGCAGAUGAGAGCGAGAGAGGAAUGAAGGUCAUAGAGAACAGAGCAACAAAAGACGAGGAGAAAAUGGAGAUCCAGGAGAUGCAGCUGAAGGAGGCCAAACACAUUGCUGAGGAGGCCGACCGCAAAUAUGAAGAGGUCGCUCGUAAACUGGUGAUCCUGGAGGGCGAUCUGGAGCGAUCAGAGGAGCGUGCCGAGGUGGCCGAGGCGCGAGUGAGGGAGCUGGAGGAAGAGCUCAGGCUCAUGGACCAGAAUUUGAAGUCCAUGGUGUGCGGAGAGGAAGAGUACUCACAAAAGGAGGACAAAUACGAAGAAGAAAUCAAAGUUCUUACUGACAAACUGAAAGAGGCCGAGACCCGUGCAGAGUUUGCAGAGAGAUCUGUGGCCAAGCUGGAGAAGACCAUUGAUGAUUUAGAAGAUGAAGUGUAUGCUCAGAAGCUGAAGGGCAAGGCUCUCAGUGAGGAGCUGGACCUGGCCCUGAACGACAUGACUACCCUGUAGCCGCGCUCUCACUUCCUCUCUCCUCCUUCCUGUCUGAACUCUCCUCCGCCUGCUCGCUGUUGUUUUGUUCCAUUCCACAGUGACUAGGGGACUAGAAGAUUCUACAAAUGUAAUGUGCUGAAUCCACCCACCUCUCUGGUGUUUUUACAGAAGGUUAAGCUACUUCUCACCCAUCCACUGUUGUGUGUCUGCUGGUUCACUGAGUUAAUGUCCUCUCUUUAUUGAAAUAUUUAUGUAAACCUGUUUCUUCCUCCCCCUCUGUAAUAAAUCUAUUAAAGCUCUCUUGACUUUUCUGUCUCCUU